AUGAGCAGGAGUGAAGGAAAUCCAGUAGAUCUGGAUCCCGCGGGUUUGGCGCACAACAAUGCGAGCAAGGGACGUCGUAACUCUUCUCGUAGUUACAAAGAAAAGCGAAAAAGCGAUGUUCUAAUAGCAGCGCAGUCGCUGGACAAUGAAUUGCAGAAUGUGAAAAAUCUGAAGAGAUUGUCCAUAGGGUCAAUGGAUCUAUUGAUAGACCCUGAGUUAGAGUACCGAAUCCAGAGUCCAUAUGGUGGUCAAACGCAUGAUGAAAUGCAACAUUUCAAUGAUGCGGAGGAGUUUGAAGACGAAGGAAAUUCAUUUUUCGAUGAUAGCAUUAACAUUACUAGCACUGAAUACUUGCAAGAUCCUCCUGAAAUAUUGGAAGAGCCGCACGACAAGUUGACGAAAAGUGGGGACGAAAAAGUGUCGGCAAGAAAAUUGAGCGGUGUGCGAAGAGGAGGAAUACAUUCCGCCAAAUCAAGAGCCUCGAGUGACGAUUAUGAUUCGGAAGAAAGUGUAACUCAAAAUCUCUUGUGGGUUCCAGCAAAUCAGCAUCCUAAUAUAAGGCCUGAAAAUUAUCUUGAGCUGGUUCAAGACACACUACAGAAUCUACAACUAGAGCAAGAAGAACUUUCUCGGACGGGCACCAAGGAACAUCAAAAUCAAUCUUUAGCAAGGAAUCCAGGUUUGGGGAAGAGCAUAAACAAAAACAGCUCAUUGGUUAGAAGGCCGUCGAGGCUGCGUAAAUCCUAUUCAGAAUUUGAAGAGUUGCAUGAUAUGGCCCAUCUCUCAGACGAGCCCAAUAAUGAUGAAUCAUUGCAUGACAAAACUGAUAAGCGGGGCUCGGGACUUAAAGAGCCCCAUAGAGUGAUCUCUCUAAGAGAUAUCACGGAAGAACUUACAAAAGUCUCCAACAAAGCCGGUUUAACUGAUGGGGAUGCAGUAACGCUAGCGAGGACAUUAGGAAUGGCUGGACCUUACGAAAAUGAAGCGUGGCUUGGAGAUAGUUCGGAAUGUUCAUCAGAGGCAGGAGAUUCUGCAUUUGCAUCUACGAUGAUGGCUAAAGGUGGUCUCACGAUUCCUGAGCGAUCUUCUUUACGGCGAAGCAAAUUCAAUACUUAUCGAAUUCGCAGUUCUGAUAAAAGUUCCUCCCAUUCUUCCAAAGAGCACGCACAUCAACCUUCUUCCGCGUCACAGCUAUCCGCGGCGACUCCGCAGCCCAACUCCGAGCAUACACCAGAGGCACCUUUGGACUCACCAUCAUCAGUCAACGACGUCAAUGACAUCUAUGAUCAUUACAGAAGUGCAAGUUUGGACAACAUGUCAGAGCUCUCCGUCCAAGAUGGCUCGCUUGCCAGUCCUUCCAUAACGAAGUCUUCAAUGGGACACAAGGAUAAACCUUUGGAUCUUGACGCGACCAGGACCUCGCAUCUUAAGCCCUCUCGACGCUUACAGGAUACUAAAUUAUCUGGGAACACUGUUCAACAUGAAAACACGGAAAUGCGUCGCUCUAGUGACGAAGGGUCGAAGACACCAAGCGACGAAAAACCCAAAAAGCGCAAAGGUGGUUGGAACUGGUUUAACAAGAAACAGUUACAAAACCAAGAAACGGAUUCGCACGAAACUAGGCCUCGGGCGCAUUCUGUUUCCAAUGAUUUUUUGAAUGUAGCAAAGGACUCUAAAGUUGCCACUUUGCCGGGCAAAAAGGUCAAUCACUCGAGACAUCGUCAUUACUCAAUUGAUUCUAACGAGGACAAAAACACUGGCGAGAAACAAACAGCCACUUCAUCAGAUAUGCAUGAGCAACCGUCACCGAUAAAGAAACCGAAACGCGACAAAUUCAUUAACUUAUUCAAAAAGAGGACGGGCAGCAGCUCAUCGCACGCUACCGAAAGCACAAGGGACCACGAAGCGGGAGAUGUGAAACAUAACGAGACAAAAAACAUAUUCUCUGAGACGAAUUUUACGCCUGAAAGAAGUACUGGGCACAAGACGGAGGCGGAGGCCCUACCACAACGAGGCUCGCAGGAGGCGGAAACUACGAAAACAGAUACACAAACGACUCUCAAACCCCAUCUUAACGUGACUCCAAAGAAAAGGACAACAGCGACCAACUCGUCGGUGCAUGCAGGUCUAGAGGAAACCGUGUCUGAAACGCAACAAGUUCCGCAUGUACAACUGUCCGACAAAGCACUGCCCGCCAAUGGUGUCUCUAAAUCGGAGCAACUCACAAAUCUGGAGCCCGCAUCACCACCAGAAAAAGCACUAGAAACGGCUACAACAGCUGAUGAGAUAUUGCCGGCUCGAAAACUUGCAUUUAGCGACGUUAAGAAACCGGGGAAACCGAAUGCGCCCAUGAAGUUCACUGACAGCGCAUUUGGGUUUCCUCUUCCACCGCUCACUAUCUCUACCGUGAUCAUGAUAGAUCAACGUCUUCCCAUCAACGUGGAAAGAGCCAUUUAUCGCCUCAGUCAUCUCAAACUCAGCGAUGCCAAAAGAGAACUCAGACAACAAGUACAAUUGAGCAAUUUCAUGUACGCGUAUCUGAAUCUUGUGAAUCACAGUCUGUAUCUACAACAGCUAGAGGAAGACAGACAAGCAGAAUUUCCAGACGGUCAACAUCAAUUUAAUGGACAGAAUCACUCCCAAUUGGGUCAAACCAACUACGCGUCUGACGAAAACCGCGACACCAUUAGCAUACCUGAUAUAUAG